AUGCCAUUCUUAGGCCAUAUUAUUGGUGAUGGUAAGAUCCAAAUGGAUGGAAGCAUAGUCCAGGCCAUACUAGAUUGGGAGCUGCCAACAAAGGUCACAAAGCUAAGAUCAUUCCUUAGAUUGGUAAACUAUUAUAAGUGCUUCAUCAAAGGCCAUUCUACCAUCACCAGACCUUUGACAGACAUGCUUAAGAAGGGGAAAGUGUGGGAUUGGAGUCAAAAACAAGGUGGAGUAGAAGUUACCAACAAGUUUAUUAGAGCCAUUGUCUAUAUUGGAGCACUGGUGGGAAAGCAUUUCAUUGGAUUUUAUAGUUAG